UUUUCUAUUCAGAAUUCACACUUAAAUUCCUAACACUUGGGUUUAAUCUGUGAGAGUUGAAGCUUGAUCUUGUGAGUCAUACAGGAUCAUAUUGAUGUUAAUAUAGUUGUCGGGGAAAUGGGAGUGAAGGGAAUGUUAUUUAUUAUUGUUGCCUUGGUCCUUGUAGAAGUGGAAGUAGAAGUAGUAGCUAUAGAUGAUAUUGAUAGUACUCAAAUAGCCCUUGAUGGGUGCCGAAGGAAGUGUGGAGAUGUUCAAAUUCCAUAUCCAUUUGGUGUAGGAAAAACCGUAAACGGUACUACCUGUUUCUUAGAGAAAUCAUUUAAUCUUACUUGCAACAGUAGUAGUUCUAGUUUAACAUCGGGCAAUGUCCAUGUCAUAAACAUAAACAUCUCCCAAGGUCAAGCAGAUAUGUUGAUUUUUGUCUCCAAAUAUUGUUAUGAUAAUAUCUAUGGUAACACCAGUGUAAUUAGCCUACCCCAUAGGCUCACAAGUAGUCCUUCUUUCACCAUUUCCAGCAAAGACAACAAGUUCAUAAGUGUUGGCUGCGAUACUUACGGCUAUCUUAAUAGCUUCUACAACAAUUCAAAUUAUUCGACGGGAUGCUUAACAAGAUGUUAUGGCAACACUAUGGAAAUCAAGGAUGGAGAUUGUUCCGGCAUCGGGUGCUGUGAGGUGGAUAUUCCUCCUAGAAUGAGAAACGUCUCUACUCAAGUAGGUACCUUUCAGAAUUUUCAAAGUUCUUUGGCCUUCAACAACUGUAGCUAUUCCUUUGUUGUCAAGAAUGACAACUACACGUUUUCCAAGGCUCACUUGGAGAAUCUACCAUAUGAGAUGCUUCCUGUGGUGUUCAAUUGGAGUGUUGGAAACAAAACAUGUAAAGAAUCUUUCAACAGAGGUACCAACACUUGCAAGGGAAAUAGUAUUUGUUUGGAUGCAAAGAGUGGACAUGGUUACCGGUGUCAAUGCAAGCAAGGUUUUGAAGGAAAUCCAUAUCAUCCGCAUGGUUGCAUAGACAUUGAUGAAUGCAACACAAGACAACAUUCAUGUGUAAGUGACCAUAAUUGUCACAAUACAAAUGGAUCCUACAUAUGCUUAUGUCCUAAGGGGCAAUCUGGAAAUGGUAUCAAGGAAGAUGGUUGCCACAAGAAGAAUUUCCUUCCACUAUUUUCAUUGGGACUAGUGCAGGAUUUAUAGCUAUUUUGGUGGGGACUUGUUUGUUAUACCUAACGUAUCAAAAGAGAAAACUCAUCAAACUAAAAGAGAAGUUUUUUGAGCAGAACGGUGG